GCUGCCUUUCAGCUUUAAACCUCGGUGGUUCAGGGGGAAAUAAUGAUUCCACAAUCCACUAUUAAUCCGAUCCUUUAGGAAGGAAAUCACGUGCGGCUUAAUAUGGCCAUAUUCCUGCCUAAAUAACAUUAUGCUUUUGGUUUCAAGGAUGGAAAAUAUAUCUGUUUCAUAUUUAACCCUUUGUAUUCCGUGAUCCGCGUUCCAGAUGAGGACAACGAUGGGUUGGCAUAAGCGAUGUUCCCCAUUUCGUGAAGAGACCUUGCAUCUAUGUAUCUAGCAGUAAAGUAAAAUGAUGCACCAAGUAGCCAGCAACAGCAAUGACUAUGGUCUGGGUAGCAUUGGGGAUGAUGGGCAACACCCGGCCAGUCACUUUGAGUUGUGCAGCUCACAAUCCAACAAAUUUUACCCCUCUGCCCCACCUCCCUCACUUCAACUGCCACUCCCAAACUUGCCCCCCUUGCCACAGGGCCUGAUUAAGCCCAUGUCUUGCCAGAUGAAAGACUCCCAAAAUGAAUUUCACUCCCAAACCGUUCGAAUGAGGGGUGCCGAGGCACCAGAGGGCUCUAAGAAAAAGAAAGGCCUCGGAAAGUCCGGACGUCGAGGCAGGCCCUCGGGUACCACUAAGUCUGCUGGCUACAGGACAAGUACGGGACGACCACCCGGGACCACCAGAGCAGCAGGUUUUAAAACCAGCCCGGGAAGGCCAUUGGGCACCACCAAAGCCGCAGGCUACAAGGUGAGCCCAGGUAGGCCUCCAGGCAGCAUCAAGACAAUGGCAAGGCUAAACAAACUGGACUAUAGCACUUGCAAUGGUGCACCAUUCCCUUACACCAUGAUGCAGAAUAGGGCCUUGUGCGAAGACACUGUGAAGGAGAAAGACACUAAUGAGUGAAGACAGGCUUUUCUAUUUAUUGCAAGGGAUGUGGGUGCAUGUCCAAAGUGACAGCGAAGAAAGAAAAAAGAUGGAUUUUGAUAGAUUAACUCACGUGUACGUGCCGUGUUAUUCAAUUGAUCCUUUUAUGCAUUGUUUUUUCAAAGACAAUUAGCAUCACCUUUCUCGCUAUGACAUAUGUUAUCCUAUUGUACAGAUGUGCAUGAUGGUAGAUUUGUGAAAUGAAUUUACAGUACUGAAACAGAUAUUAAUCUUUUUGGUCCUCAGAAUUUGCUCACGUGAGAUGUAGAAAAGACUAAAUGUGUGUUGUUAUACAUUUAAUGCUUUUGCUGUAAAGAUAUUGCUUGAAACACACAUGGCCUGUUUCACUCCAGAUUUUAGGACACAUCAUUUUUAUCCUGUUCAACUGAUGUGUAUGUGAAAGUGCUAUGUUUGUAAUGUCCUAUUAGUAUAUUUGUCUUUUUUUGUUGUUGUUGUUGUUGUUGUAUUUAUGAAUUGUCUGGUGCCCUUUGAGGAUAAUAUGGAUUUUUGAUUAAAAAGAAAAUCAAUUCUCAUAUUUCAGUGACAGCAUAACAAUGCCCUUUGAUAAAGCUCUUGAAGGCAUAACUGUAAGUUGACAUCAGCAAAUGUGUUCACUUCCACAAUAAUUAGUCAUGCCAAUCAGUGAUCAAAUCUAAAAUACCGUUUUGUUGCACUGUGCAAAAACAAAUCACAAUUUUGUGUAAUUUAAUACACCUGAUAUGCAAAAAGAAAAAAAAAAGAAUUAUCACUCCAAAAAUGAUAUUGUGUUGGAAAACUGAUCAAAUCAAUUUCCUCACAAAAAUGUAUUAUUUGCAUAAAAAAAUGUGUGCUAAAAUAUCA